AUGAGUAAGUUGACUCAACAUAAAAAGCAUCGUCAUCCAUCUUUAUUCAUAACAGAGAAGAAUAUCAAUGAAAUGAUUGAGGUUAUUGCCGAAAUCUUGCGAGGUCCGGUGUUCAUCGCCGGUGAAACUCUUCAUUGUCAAAUAAAAUUCACGAAUAAAUCAACUAAUGAACCGAAUUCAAAUGGAAAUUUCGAGAAGAUUUCUUGGGCAAGCGUACAAUUACAUUGUCAACGUUAUGUUAAUGAACAGAAAGUUAAUUUGCAACAACAACAAGCUUCUAAUAUCAAGUCCAAUGAUUCAACAGCGACGAACGUUGAUGUUGUUCCAUUAGAUUCGACCGCAUUGAUUGCAACCAAAGGUGAAACUGGUCAAACAGUUUAUACAUCUAAACCGUGUGUAUUAUUUUGUGAUUUGAAACUGCAUCCCGGUGAAGUAAGAACCUUUUCUUAUCAGGAGACAAUAUCGACACACGUACCUCCGACAUUCCGUGGAAAUUAUGUUAAAUAUUCAUAUAAACUUACAAUUGGUACGCAACGAGUCAACUGUCCGACAACACUUAUUCGAGUUCCAUUUCGUGUAUUAGUCAUACCAGAUUUAGAUAAAUACAUUCGGCAAGAUCGAGCUGCCGUCGCUUCAUCGCAAACCGGCACUAAAAUUGAUAAUCCAUUUGUAUGUUCAAGUCGAACUGAAAUUGAUUCAUUAACAACAGCUCUCGAUGCUCUACAGAUACUCUCAUCUCGAACACAUCAGAAUGUUUAUAACAUAAGCAACAAUCGUGGCCGUGUAUGUCGAUUAACAUUAUUCAAAAACAGUUUUAAACUAGGUGAAGAUAUCUUGGGCACGAUCGAUUUCGAUCAAACAGAUGUUCCAUGCGUACAAUAUACAGUUACACUACAAAGUGAAGAGACACUAAGUCCAGCUUAUCGUCGGAAAUCCAGUCAAUUGUCAAAUGUAACAUCGUACACCAAACAAUCGGAAUUCAGCUUAUCUACAUUGGAAACACAUCUAUCAAUUUCUAUUCCAUUAUCAUGCACACCAACAUUUUCGAUGGAUCUUGUUUCCUUACGAUGGAAAUUACAUUUCGAAUUCGUAACAUCCAAAGCUCCGCGUAGUUUGCUACCGGCCAAUGUUGAUUCGUCGUCAAGCACAACAUGGUCAACAGCAAAUUCGAUCGAAGUCGAAAGCAUGACGUGGGAUUUGCCUAUAAAAAUUCUUCCAACCAACCCCUAUUUUGCUAAUAAUGUUGCGAAAGUUUCUUGUACAACAGUUGUCACUAUUUAA